GGUUUGUCUGAGUCAUCACUAGUGCAGUACUGCAAACUCCAUUAAGCAAAAAAAAUCAGCCCUUUUUCUCUCCCACUUCCCAACUCUCAAUUCUCUUUCUAAAAGCCAAACCACACACUCUCACUCUCUCUCACUGGCUCUCCCAACCAUGGAAGCUUUCACUUUGCUCAAAUACUGGAGAGGAGCCGGAGCUCUCGGACUCCCACCUUCCUCCGACAAUCCCGCUUCACGCGCCGCCGCCACCACCACCACCACCACCACCAUCCUCACCGCCGUCGACAACGAAACCGACGACGAAAACGACGACUUCUUCGACCUAGAGUUCACAGUACCCGAGGAUUCGGAAAACGCCAGCCGAAGCGAAGAGCAAGAAGAAGAAGAAGAAGAAGAAGAAGAGGAAGAAGAAGAAUUUAAGUUGACGCUUUCCCCUUCGAGCAACGAUCCGAACCUCUCGGAAGCUAACUCGAAGCCUCAGUUCACGGCCUCCCUCUUGAAAUCGGCGACCAAGUUCCGCGUGUUCAUGUUGGGCCUGAAGAAGCCGAAGCCCAGCGAGGCGGAGGCCCAGAAAGAGAAGAAGCUGUUCACAGUGAAAUUCAAAGUGGAGGAAGUCCCCAUCGUCUCCCUCUUCAGCUCCAAACCCAACAAAACACACAAACACGCCUCCGAGGACCCACCUUCCGAAGACAAACAACGCUUCUCCAAGGAAGUAAUGCAAAAGUACUUCAAAAUCGUCAAGCCUCUCUACAUCAGAGUCUCGCGCCGCUACGCCGAUAAACUCAACUUAGCCUCCGCCGGAAAACCACCCACGCCCCAACCCCAACCUCAACCCGCCGUCAAGAACAUCAACACUGCUCAAAAACUGCCCGCCGGACUUAGCGUUGUGUGCAAGCAUCUGGGGAAAAGCCGCUCGGCGUCCUCGGCGGCGGUGGCGGCUGCUCCUGCGGCGGCGCCGGCGGUGUCUUCCAAACGACGCGAUGAUUCGCUGUUGCAGCAACAGGAUGGGAUUCAAGGCGCCAUCUUACACUGCAAGAGAUCCUUCAAUGCCUCCAGAGCUGAGUGCGAAUCUUCCCAGCUACCGCGUUGUGUGAGCCAGAGCCAUCCAUCCAUGAAUGAACAGCGCCUUUCAACAUAGAAAAAUUAAAUAUUAAUUUCGCAGUGUCAGUGUGUAAAAAGUAAAAUGUUUAAUUACUUAGAUUAGAUGAUUUUACACUAGAAGGAAGGAGGUAAAAAUAGUAAAAGUAGGGUCGUGGGUGGGUCAGAUGAAUGAAGCUCGUCACUCGUCACUCAUCACUCAUCACUCAUCACUCAUCACUCAUCACUCAUCAGGCAUUAGCUUAGUGAAUAGUGACUCCAUUUUCUUCCUUGGUAGUGUAAAGUGUAAACUCGUGGAAAGCUCUUUCCGAUAGAGCCAAAGAAGAAUCAGAGCUUUUAUGUGUACGUUUGUUACUCUUGGACGUAUCUGUAUGUAAUGUAGCUACUAGCUAGCCAAGCCAGAUCAAAUACCUCCCUGAUCCCAGCUUGCUUUUCAUAUUUUCGCUAUUUAAUUUAAAAGGUGGUUCGAUCA